UACAAAAACCUGCUGCAGGCUGCUGCUCCACACAUUCACAGCUCUGCUGAACUUGGCACCAGCAGCCUUUCUCUAACAGAAACACACCUCCUCAGGAGAGCUCAGACUGAGACGUGCCUUCAGUCUCGGCGUGGCGCUGUCAGGCUUGCACACAGAUAUAUAAAUACAUUACAAAUACAUAUAUAGAUAGAGGUCUGGACGAGUGUUCACACACACACACACUCAUACAUAUUCGCACACACAGUCUCCCCUCAGGAGAGAACACUCCCUCUCCCUCUCUCUCUCUCACACACACACACACGCACACACGCACACGCGCGCACGCUGCACUAUAUCAGCUACUGACUAACGGAGUGCCAGAGGGAAGUGCAGAAAUGAAUGUGAAGAUCCUGACACUGGUGAUUGUGCUGUUGGUGUCUCUGCUGUGCUCUGCCAGUGCCGGGCCGUUGGCCUCCACGGAGCAGAGCAAGGACAUGGAGGAAGGAGGAAGCGUGAGGAAGCUUGUCCAGCACAGCGCCGCGCGGGGCGGCCAGAGCCACAGGCCGGCCGGGUGGAAGAGGAGACGCCCCCGACCCCGCCUCUCUCACAAGGGGCCCAUGCCAUUCUAGAGCAGGCACUGCCGAGAACGCCCUUCCCCCAGAUUCUGAUCGCUCUUCCUCUGCACUGGGGGGCCUUGCAGUGGGGGCCUGGGCUAGCCCAGCCCGAAGACGGGCGUCCUAAACAGCGCCUCGCGUUUUUUUUUUUCAAGCAAC